AUGUGCUCGGUGUGGUCGUUCCAAACGGACCCGAGUUACGAAGCAGUUACGUUCCCUGAGCCGACCGUUGUGGCGUAUUGGCCAAAACGGAUGGCGCCCGUUACGGCCGUCGACGUCGCCAUGGGCAAGCCCGUCUCCACUGGCGGGACCUACACUGGAUAUUCUCCUGCAGAUAUGCUGACGGCUGGCACUACAUGCUACAACACAAUGGAGGACUGCUUCUGUACCGUAGACGAGGACAACUGGGUGAUGGUAGACCUGCAGGCCAGUCUGCCCGUCAGGACGGUGGUUCUCACAGGACCAGCCUUCGGCGAUGUCCUAUACUUCAGGAACGUUGUUGUCCGGGCAGGUAACACCGGCGGGGCCACAGAUCCAAUCAUCGGCAAAACUCCGAGCACCGCGGCCACAGACUACAAGACGUAUACCUUGACCAGUGAGUGA